AGAGUUGUUCUUUAAAGACUGCUUGUCAGAGCCAAGCUCUACAAUCCCAAUCUUCCAUUUCUCACAGACCUGGGGACCAGUUCGGCUGCUUAACAUAAAUGUUUAUUGAUAGAACAGUCAUCAGUCAAAAACUAAAGAUGCUGAUUCACUGGCUGACCCCAAAGCCUUUGUUUCUCCUUCGUCUUCCUUCCUCUUUCUAGAGAGCAGGCUGCAGUAUUUUCCUUUUCUCCUUUCAGCUGUGGCAGUGGGGUUCCCAGCUCUACCUUUCCUCUGCAGGACCUCUGAGGAACCAUGCAAGUCUUGGGCCUCUUCAGCCUCCCAGUGAGUGGCCUUACGGUGACGGUGACUCUGCUGGCAGUGUUCCUGGUGCUCCUUAAAUGGUAUUCGACAUCUGCAUUCUCAAGGCUGGAGAAGCUGGGCAUCAGACACCCCAAGCCUUUUCCAUUUAUUGGGAACUUGACAUUUUUCCACCAGGGAUUUUGGGAAGCCCACCUGGAGCUUAGACAUCAAUAUGGACCUCUCAGUGGGUACUACCUUGGCCGUCGGAUGUUCAUCGUCAUCUCAGAGCCCGACAUGAUUGAGCAGGUGUUGGUUGAGAACUUCAGCAACUUCACCAACAGAAUAGCAUCAGGGUUGGAGUCCAAGCCAGUCACUGACAGUGUCCUGUUUCUACGAGACAGAAGGUGGACGGAGGUCAGGAGUGCCCUAACUUCUGCCUUCAGCCCUGAGAAGCUGAAUGAGAUGAUUCCCCUCAUCAGCCACUCCUGCCAGGUGCUCCUAGCCCACCUGCAGAGCUUCGCAGACUCCGGGGAGGCCUUCGAUAUCCAGAAGAGCUACUGCAGCUUCACCACAGAUGUGGUGGCCAGCCUGGCCUUCGGCACCCAGUUGGACUCCCAGGAGGAGCCCACCCACCCCUUCGUGCAGCACUGCCACCGUUUCUUUGCCUUCUCCAUCCCCCGGGCCCUCCUGGUCCUUAUCUUGUCCUUCCCAUCUGUCAUGGUCCCGCUGGCCCGGAUGCUGCCCAAAAAGCAGUGGGAGGAGGUGGCACACUACUUCAGCAGCCUCGUGGGCACAGUCACAGCAGCGCGGGAGCAGCAGGCCCGGGGAGAGAGGCGGAAGGACUUCCUCCAGGCUAUCCUGGAUUCCUCCCUGGACGAGGAGGGUCCCAAGGCAACCCGGCACCUGACUGAGGAUGAGGUAGUGGGCCAGGCCUCCCUCUUCCUCAUUGCUGGCUACGAGAUCAUCACCAAUACGCUGUCCUUCGCCACCUACCUGCUGGCCACUCACCCCAAGUACCAGGAGAGGUUGCUGGCUGAGCUGGAUGCCUUCCAUGGGGCCCAUGGCUCCCUCGAGUACUAUAGCCUGCAGAAGAGCCUACCCUACCUGGACAUGGUGAUUUUGGAGACACUGCGCAUGUACCCUCCUGCCUUCAGGUUCACGCGGGAGGCAACGCGGGACUGCGAGCUGCUAGGCCAACGCAUCCCUGCAGGCGCUGUGCUGGAGGUGGCAGUGGGUGCCCUGCACCACGAUCCUGAGUUCUGGCCAAACCCUGAGAUCUUCGACCCCGAGAGAUUCACAGCUGAGGCCCAGCAGAUCCGUCGGCCCUUCACCUACCUGCCAUUUGGUGGUGGACCCCGGGGCUGCCUUGGAAUGCAGCUGGGGCUGCUGGAGGUCAAGCUGACGCUGCUGCACAUGCUGAGCAAGUUCCGUUUCCAAGUCUGUCCCAAGACGCAGAUCCCACUACAACUAAAAUCCAAAGCUGCCCUGGGCCCAAAAGAUGGUGUCUACAUCAAGAUUGUGCCCCGCUGACGUGGAGUCACCACAGCACAUUUUCAAGGAAUGCCCUUAUGCAAAAAUUUAUAUUGGGGGCGUGCCUCUAAAGCAACUCAAGGGGUGCUGCCAUUAGUUCCUCUGUAGUUAAUAAAUGUUUACUGCUCUUA